AUCUCGUCUACUGUGGACCGAGAAAGUCUAGGGCCGAACUUCGAUUCUAAAUAGGUGGAGCUACUGUCCAGACCGGAUACACUUCGAUUGAGACUUUUUUCCAUACAUUAUCAACUGAAUUAUGGUGUCACUAUUGAAGGAAUCCCGACGAUUAUUCUUGAAAAUCAAUCUGAAUUUAAGCAAAUUCAAUACAAUUCGCAAGCUCAGUUUUUCAGCAAGUAGUCGCUUCAUUGAGGAAGCUUUAGAACAAUGUAAAAACAAUAACAUUGACUUGGUGCCAUAUCGCAUCAGAGGAUAUGUCCUUGGAAACAGAUUUUCAAAAGCUAUUGUAGACAUGGUACAAUAUUUGGAAGACAGGGACGGUUGUGUUAGGGACCCUUCUUCGGUAACAGAAGAGGAGAAAGAAAACGAAUCUGUAUUUACAAGUUCUUUACAAUUUAGUUCUUUAUAUAAAAAAGGAUUUGACAGUAUUCAACGAAAAAACAAAAGUAACAGAGAUCCGCAAUUUAUUAGUGAUGACAUAAUGCAGUUUCCAAUUCAGUCUUUUAUCUGGGGAUUUCUAAUUGAUAAAGAAUACCACGAACAAUGUCUUCGCUCUGUCCUUAAGACCAGUAAUGAGAGAAAAAUUACAGUACUUUUGGCAAACCAUCUACUGUCCAGACUGAUAACUACCUCUCCAGGACAUACAUGUACAUACUGUAUUACAGAUGACCAUUGGAAGCAAUACGAGUUAUGUCCCUGUGAUGAGCAGUGUGGUGACAAGAUUUGGUAUGGUAACUCAGGAAUAGGCACUGAAUUAUUAUGGUAUGGUAAACCAGACAUAAUGUUAUUUCCCCUUGGUGAAAACUGUAGUAUUGUAAUUCCUAAAGAGAAGAAUUUAGAAAAUUUAUUAGAAAAUGAAGAUCAGCAAGUGAACACAGAUAUUAAAAAAGAGUUACCAUCAUUAAGAGAACAUUCAAAUGUUAGCGAGUUUGUGGCACAAGCAAUUACAUUCUCUUUUUAUCAGAAACGAUUUCAACUUUUGAAGCCUUAUUAUUAUAAACCAAGAGUGACACUUAUACCUACGAUCGCCAUAAGUGAUAAGUGCUUCGAUGUUUAUAUGUAUGAUACAGAUAAUGAUAUUCUCUUAAGAAAUGAAGGAGAUCCUAUACCAUUGUGGAAUAAUGUACAAAAUUCAUCUGAGGCUACAUUGAACAUGGGUUCAGUUCUCCAACUGUGGAUGUUGAUUAAUCAUUUAUCGAUUCAACCAGACCUUUCUCAAUCAGAGCUAGAAAAGUUUUCUGGGACGUGUGGGUUUUCUACAAGUUUAACAUACGAACAUUUGAACAAGAUUGAAACGCAAGUCAACAUGAGGAGCAAGUUUAUUGAUCAUAAUUAGCCAUCUUUGUAAAAAAUUUUAUAUUUGAUGUAUAUUUUGAAGUAGGAGGUUUAUAAGUGCCAGUAUUUGAAAAUAAAACAAAUUGCAAAAUUUUCCAAACCUUAAAGAUUUGGUCAAAUAAAAAAAAUCAAGAAUUCAAAAUUGAUACUUUAAGCUGGAAAAGUAUUAGUUUUUAAAGGAUCAAAAUAAGCUAAAAAUAUUUUUAGGUCAAGGAGCUCCUUUUAAAGAUAUUUGAUUAAAAAAAUCAUUAAAUAUGGCGGGAAAAGGCUAAACAGGACUUUUACCUUUAUUUGUAUUGGUAUUGUUUAGGUCUCAAAUCAAAAGAAAGAAAAUCAAGAAUCUGCUUAAAUUUUGUCAAAUGACCUUUUAUAAUAUGAGCUAUUACAUGUAAGUCUAAUGUUUAAAAGAUAAAUAGGUGUUAUUGGGCAAAAUAUUUUACCUUGUAUUGUAUGGAAAAACACUUUUGACACAUUUGACACUCAUUCUGAAACCUCACCUAAGUACAUUCUUAACAUUAGCUGAAUUGACACAUGAGCAGCGUCUAAUAGAAAUUGACCUUAUGCCAACGAAUAUCAAUAAAUCUGUGGGGAAAAAAAACCUCCAUGCAAAGUCUAUAAUAAAACUGUAAUAAUUGCUUGAAAAAUGCGUUGAUAUAAGGACCCUACAAAAAAGACUAAAAUUCAUUUUUUAUUUCAUAUUUGAAAGUUUGAAAAUCAAACAGUCUAACAUGUCUAACACAUGUUCAAAAUGUACAUGAAUAUGUGUACCUGAAUUAUUAUACAGAGGUUGAUCCAGCCAUUAUAAAAAGGGGGGGGGGGUCCCAACCCAGGAAAAAGGGGGUUUCCAACUAUAUGUCCCCAUUCAUAUGCAUUGAUAGCCCAAGAAAAAGGGGGGGGGGUCCAUUCGAUUUCUUUUGAAUGCAGCUUAAAUGUUUGAUAUACAAUCUGUACAUUUUAGACUAAAAUUAAGAUAAGAAUUAUCCGUUAUAAUGACAGACAGAAUAAACAUGUUCAAAUUUAAAGUUUUAGCCUAACAUUUUGCAUGAAUAUAAUAAAAACUUUGUAUAUCAGAAUACUUGACUAAAUGGGAAAAUCUCAAAAUGAAAAUAGUGUAGGUUUCCUAUAACCAUGAUAACAUAUAUAUGUAAUAUAUUAAAGCAAAGGUCAAACAAACAAAAAUAUGUGAAAGACAGUAAUCACGACUUUAUAUCAUGUCCGUUCGUCUGUCUCAGUGAGUGAGUGUCUGUUCAUCCAUUGUCUGUCGUACCGUCCCUUCAUCUGUCCGUCGGUUCGUCCCACUUCAGGUUACAGUUUAUAAGGUCAAGGUAAUUUUUGAUGAAGCUGAAUUCCCAUCAACUUAAAACUUAGUACACAUGUUCCUUAUGAUAUGAUCUUUCUUAUUUUCCAUCAAAAUUAGACUUUUGACACCAUUUUUUUGGUUCACUGAACAUAGAAAUUAAAAGAGUGAGUUUUAGGUUAAAGUUUUAGGUCAAGGUAGUUUUUGAUGUAGCUGAAGUCCAAUCAACUUGAAACUUAGUACACAUGUUCCUUAUUAGUUGAUCUUUUUACUUUCAAGGCCAAAUUAGAUAUUUUACCUAAUUUCACUGUCCAUUGAACAUGGAAAGUGAUAAUCCGAGUGGGUCAUCUCUGUACUUUGGACACAUUCUUGUUAUUUGAUCACUUGACCCCUUUACUAGGUAUAUGAGUUAUUGAUAUCACAUGACAUAUAAUAAUGUUAUAGUAGUCUCAGAUCUACCUUAAACAAGUCUUUUUAACUAAUAUAUUUGAUUUUUGUUAUGCCCAACCUACGAUAGUAGAGGGGCAUUAUGUUUUCUGGUCUGUGCGUCCGUUCGUCUGUCUGUUUGUCCAUCCGUCUGUCCCGCUCCAGGUUAAAGUUUUUGGUCAAGGUAGUUUUUGAUGAAGUUGAAGUCUUAUCAACUUGAAACUUAGUAUACAUGUGAUCUAUGAUAUGAUCUUUCUAAUUUAAAUGCCAAAUUAGAGUUUUUACCCCAAUUUUACGGUUCACUGAACAUAGAAAAUAAUAGUGCAAAUUUCAGGUUAAAGUUUUUGGUCAAGGUAGUUUUUGAUAAAGUAGAAGUCCAAUCAACUUGAAACUUAGUAUACAUGUUCCCUAUAAUAAGAUCAUUCUAAUUUUAAUGCCAAAUUAGAGAAUUUAUUCCAAUUUCACGGUCCACUAAACAUAGAAAAUGAUAGUGCGAGUGGGGCAUCUGUGUACUGUGGACACAUUCUUGUUUAGCCUAGCUCAGGGGCGGAUUCAGCCAUUUUAAAAAGGGGAGGUUCCCAACUUAGGACAAAGGGGGUGUUGUAACUAUAUUUUCUCAUUCAAAUGCAUUGAUCAGCCAAAAAAGGGGGGUCCAAUCCCCAGACCUGCCCCCAACCCCACCCCCUGGAUCCACCAAUGUAGCUCAACAUAGUGAUAGUGAUUUGGCGUUGGCAGCAACCACUGAGUUGUAUACACUUACUACUAUAACAUGUAAAAGCUUUAUAUUUUAGAAGGUGCAAGACCUGGAUGCUUCAUACAAUGUACUUUGUAUAUCAGUAUAUUGAUGCCUUAUGUUAUGAAGGGUCAGUCUGUUAUUUUCUUUGAUCAAUUUCUACUUGAAAGACAUUUUUUGUAAGGUUAAUUUUGUAUCCAAUUAGUUAUGAGUAAAAGAAUAACUAUAUUA